UCAUCGUAAUAACUUGAUGUAACGUAAAUAUCGUAAAUAUUUAAUAAAUUGUUAUGUGAAGUGUACCGGUCCUGACUUCGCAACAAUAUCACCUCGCCAACGAAACCCAUAACAUUCCCAAAACCACAAAGGAAAUGCAAUGCCAUUGAUAUCCUAAUAUUGGAGUCAUCAUUUAUGGGUAAAAUGUUCAAUAUACCAGAAUGGGAGGACACUCCCGACAAUAUCGUCAGUUUUCCGAUGAAGUUUGAAAAAGAAGAGCAAACAAAUGAAAAUGAGAACAUGGAAGUAACAGAGUCCCCUAAACUAACAGGCGGCGUAAAACCCAAGUUCAAAACAAAGAACCUUAGUAAGAAGGUAAAUAAUGCCAACAAUUUAAUUAAAAAUAAGGACAAAGUCGAUAUCUCGAAUAAAAAAAGUACAAAAAAAAAGAUUGAGAGUUCAAAGAAAAAAGAAAACUUGUAUGAUACAGACAAAUUAGAUGAAUUGACAAUAAACGAGAAAAAACGAAAACUAGAUUUAUAUAAAGGAGAUGACAUGGAAAAAAUAUUAUUCAAUGAAAACACAGAGAUCGAAACAAAUGAAUGUAUCAAACCAGAUAACAGUGUAAGUAACCACAAAAAUAAAUCAAGUAAAAAAGAAUCAAUAUUACCAAAGGUCGAAUUACUUAAAGAGAAAAAGAAAAAAAAAAAGAAAAAGUCUAAACAAGCAAAAGGAGAUCAGGUUAAUUCCGAUAACAAUAUGGAAACAGAUAAUAAAAUCAAUGAAAAGGUAAACCAACCACAGAGUAUGGAUAAAAAGUUAAAGAAAAAAGUUGAAAAGAGAAAAUCAUCCGUAUUGAAGGAUGGCUCGGUGAGUGACAGUGAAGAUACAGUAAAGAGAGCAAAGAAAGUAAAAGAAACAAUUGUUCAGACGAAAGAUGACAAGAAGAAAGUUAUUAUAAAGACAUUGUUGCAAAAAAAUAAUGUAAGGAAUAGCAUAAGUGUGAACAGCAACAAGCUCCGAGAGAGGAUGAUGGAAAGACUCAAAGCUGCUCAGUUCAGGUAUCUGAAUGAGAAGUUGUACACUUCAUCUGGAUCAGAUGCUCGGCAGCUGUUCCAGGAGGAUCCUGGCGCUUUCCAAGUGUACCAUGAGGGUUACCAACAACAGGUGAAGAGGUGGCCCAUCAAGCCGCUUGAUGUCAUUGUUAAGAGGAUACAGAAGAUGCCCAAAAGUUAUGCCAUAGCUGACCUGGGUUGCGGGGAAGCAGAGCUGUCGACCCGUGUUGUGCAAAAGGUGAGAUCGUUUGAUCUCGUGUCAACUAAGCCCUGUGUGGAGACAUGUGACAUGGCACACACUCCCUUACUGAGCGCCUCCAUGGAUGUAGCUGUGUAUUGUCUAGCGUUGAUGGGAACUGACCUCACACAAUAUCUCAUCGAAGCUAACAGAAUACUCAAAGUUGGCGGCCAUCUUCUGAUAGCGGAAGUCGAGAGCCGUUUCCACGACGUCGAUACGUUCACGAGCGACGUUCAGAAACUUGGCUUCAGUCUUAAAAAGAUCGAUAAAUCCCAGAAGGUGUUUGUGUUCAUGGAGUUCACCAAGGCCCGCGACCCUCCGGCUAAGAAGGGCAAGUUGCCGAAUAUGUCCUUGAAGCCAUGCGUUUAUAAGAAACGAUAAAUAAAUCAUACAAUUUA